CUGGUUACCGUUAGGCGGCGCUUCAACAGAAGAAAUCAGCGCGAAGUUCUUUUAUUGACAAACAAGCAAACCAAAAGCUCGAAGCAUCAGAAUGUUAAAGAAAACACAGCGAGAAAGAAAGAGGGUUAGAGAAACCCAGAUAUGGGUGGAGGCUUUCUCGACUUCUCUUCUCGUGUUGGAAAUCGAAGAGGAAUCUCCAUUCAUAGCAUUCAGAUAUUCUUGUUGCUUCCAAUGUGGGUUUUCUUCAAGGCAAUGGAAGAAUUUCAAGAAAUUUAUACCUCGCUCUCUGCAUACCCUAAUUGAUAUUUUAAAGCUUCAUCAAUUGAACUGAGCAUCUUAUUAUCCUCUGGGAGACGUCUCUUGUUUUGUCCAUUGAAAUGGCUGUUCCAAAAGUGGACAAAAAGAUGCUUGAAGAACUUGAAGUAAUGGGAUUUCCAAAGGCAAAGGCAACGCGAGGCCUCCAUUAUUCUGGCAAUACUAAUGUAGAGGACGCUAUAAAUUGGAUAAUUGAUCAUGAAAAUGAUCCUGAUAUUGAUGAGAUUCCGUUGGUAGAUAUAGAUAUUGAGAUCGGUUCUUCUCAAUCAUUCCCUAUUACAGAAGAAGUGAAAAUCAAAGCACAGAAGUUAAGGGAACAAUUGCACAAGAGGAAGGAUGAAGAAGAAAGGAAAUUGGAGAUACAAAGGGAAAAGGAGAGAAUCCAAGCUGGUAAGAAACUCAAUGAGAUGAAGCGAAUUGCCGAAGAAAAUGAAAGGCAACGACAUAUAGCCUUGCGGAAAGCAGAGAAAGAAGAAGAGAAAAGAGCAAGGGAAAAGGUCAUGCAGAAACUUGAACAGGAUAAGAUAAACAGAAGAUCUAAACCUGGGUUGCCCCUAGAAGGCCAUGCGACCAGGAAAUCUUUAUCUUUAACAAUACAGAAAGAAACGAAACUGCAGAAUCCGAAGCCUGUUUACACCGUUACAAAAGUUGACCUGUUGAGAGAAUGUUUGAGGUCCCUCAAGCGUAACCACCAGGAUGAGCAUGCAAGAGUCAGAAGGGCCUUUGAAACACUCUUAAUUUAUGUUGGGAAUGUUGUCAAGAAUCCCAACCAAGAAAAAUACAGGAAGAUCCGAUUGAGCAACCCAUUAUUCCAGGAUAGAGUUGGGAGUUUGAACGGAGGUGUGGAUUUUCUUGAACUCUGUGGGUUUGAGAAAAUGGAUGACUUUUUGUAUCUCCCUGAGGAAAAAGUAGAUAUAACACUGCUAAAUUCAGCUGGAUUAGUAUUAAAGUCUGCCAUUACAAAUCCCUUCUUCGGACUUUUUAGCACUCGGACAUUGUUAUAAACAAGUUUCAGUGAUAUUCAGCCGGAACUCGUGAUACUUGUAUGGAACUGGAUCCACCAAAGCAAAGUAUUUCCUCUAAGAGGACUGAUAGGCUCCCUUGUAUCAAAUAAAGAAACCAUGUUGCACUACAUAUUUCGAAUCUUCUUUAUGAAUCAUAUGAAUGGUUUUUAGCACUCACUAUACUCUGUAAGGUUGUGACAAAUUCAUAUGUCAGUUGAGACUUGAGAACUAA